CAAAAAAAAGUUAUAUUCCAAAAAAUUCCAAUUAAUUAAUUAAAUAAUGAAUUUACAACUAGGAUAGGAACAUAUUCAUUAUUCAUGAGGGCCAAUCAUGAAAUUUACUGAAACUUAAAUAUCUGAUAAACAGUUUCCCUCCAUUUCCAGGGCGCGCAUCAACAUUUGUAUGACAUAUCACGUGAUCGCACUCAGUACUACUGACUCAGCAAUUAUUUAUGAAAAACAUAAUUGCCACAUUCAAUCAAUCACAAUUUCGCACACCCCAUAAAACUAUUUUUAACCCGUUACUUGGAAUCUUAUGCUCAAUAACACAUCAACACCUCUCUCUCUCUCUCUCUCUCUCUCUCUCUCUCUCUCUCUCUCUCUUCUUUCUCUCUCUAAAAUAAACUUUAUCUCCUAUGCAUAUAUUUAUGUGCAAAGUUUGAUGGCAAUUUCUGACAACACCCACUAUUAGUUUUUUUCCCUUUUAAAAAAAAAAAAAAAAAUUCCCAUGCCACUACAAUAUACCUACAUCUUGUACCAGAUAUAUAAUCGAAGCAAUUGUAUACUCUUAGAUGCUGCUGCACAGAUAAGCAACCAAUAGAAAAAUAAGAUCACUCUUUUCCCACUGUUUCUUUCACCCCCCCCACCCCCCACCACCACCCUAUUCUUCUAUAUAUGCAUUCUUGCCCAAUUAUAUAUAUAUACUAUACAUACACAUAUGCAGCAAAGCUUUUUCUCAGUUUUCAUCAAAACCUCAAUAUGGGAAAGAAGGGUGGCACUUCUUGGUUAACUGCAGUCAAGAGAGCUUUCAGGUCUCCCCACUAAAGACUCUGAUAAGAAGAUAUCCAGACGAAAAGUUGACCAUCCCCAAGAAGAUGAUGAUGAAAAGAAGACUGAGAAGAGGAGAUGGCUGUUCAAGAAGCACUCAACCAACAACAACAACAAUGCUCAGCUGAGUGGUGAAGCAGCAAAAGAGCAAAGCGACGGCAUUGCGCCGAGGACUCCUCCCCCACCGGCCGAGCACAUGCACGCCAUUGCGGUGGCUGCCGCCACCGCCGCUGCGGCGGAAGCCGCCGUGGCGACUGCGAAGGCGGCGGUGGAGAUAUUCCGGCUGACGCAGCAGCCCUCCUCAUUCAGGCAGCACUGUGCAGCCAGAGUCAUUCAGACAGCUUUCAGAGGCUAUCUGGCAAGAAGAGCUCUGAUUGCGCUCAAGGGUAUAGUGAAACUCCAGGCACUAAUAAGAGGGCAGAAUGUUAGAAAGCAAGCAACUAUGACCAUGAAAUGUAUGCAGACUUUGCUCCGAGUGCAGGCGAAGAUGCGCGAGCAACGUGCCAGGCUGUCGCACGAAGAUUCCGGCCGAGGAAGAAAGUCCAUGUUUGCAGAAACCACAAACUUAUGGGAAUCCAAGUACCUUAAAGACAUCAGAGACAGAAAAUCAAGGUCGAGAGAUGGAAGCUCAAUGACCGAUGAUUGGAGGAACUGUCCGCGUACACUCGAAGAGCUGGAAGCAAUCUUGAAAGCAAGAAAUGAAGCAGCAUUGACACAUGAAAAAUCUCUGGCUUUUGCUUUCUCUCAGCAGGUAUAGUAGCUACUGAAUGAUCGUCAUUUUUGUUUUUUUCGGCUGGGCAUUUUAUCAAACACCUAACGUGCUUGGCAAA